UUUUUCUACAUUCCUGCCUUCUCAGUGGACCAAAGUCCAAAGAAGUGGCUUGCUAUUUAUUCUGUCCAUAUAGGCUCAGUUGGCAAUAGUAUAAAUGCACCUACCUUGUCUUAACCUAUAAUGAUAAAUGAGCUAUUCCUCAUUUUAUCGCUGCCAUUUUGGUUUGAUUUGCAGCUUCAUUUCUCAAAGAGAAGUUGAGUUUUUGUACAAUAUCAUGUUAUUUUCUUGCUGAACAAUAAAGAUCUAGCUCAAAUAUCUUGCAGCAUUUGUGUUGGCCUUAUCUUGUCUGGUGGCGUUUCAGUUACAAAACAUGUUUUAUAUUUUAGCCUACUAUACCCUCACACUUUAUGACCCUACAUUACAGGCACAUGUUUUAUUUAGUUAGAGACUAAAGUUGGUGCUGCUGUUUGUCACACUGUGGCGGUUGUUUCUGUAGUUCGGCUCUCCUGGGCAAGCACAAAUCUGUUGACUAGUGGAUUUCAUUUUUCCUCCGAGCUUACAAAAUGCCACAACUGAGCGGCUUUUUAUGAGGAGAGAAAUGUGGCAUGUUCCUUCCAAAAAAAGGAAAAGAAGGAAAACACGCGCGUACGGAGCGAGAGCUAUAAUGUACCAAACAGAUCGGUGCGGUUUCAUAUUGAUGUAGCCUAUACUCAGAGGUGCACCGGAGCUGCCUUCUCAACCUGUCCAAAUAGUGCCUGGGGCGCAGUUUAACUAAAUAAAAUACCGAAGCGCUCUUUUCCGUGACAGGAUAUUACCAGAACCUACUUUGGAACAGACGUGAAGUGACUGGAAAGAAGAGUAAGAGCGGUAAUAAGAUGACUCGGACACAAGUUGUCAUGCUGUUAGUGAGUGUCUGUCAACUGUCUUUCAUGCACGGUCAGGAGUGCCCGAGCAGACAGGAACUACAGAGCUCCCUGCGCCAGGUUCACAAGCUGCUCUCUGCCCACGAGACCUCCUACAUGCAGAGCCUGCGCGCGCUCAGGAAGAAGCUCAACCUGGUGCAGACCAGCAUGGCUCGCCAACCAGCCAAACCCACCAACGUUACCUGUCCAAAGUUAGAAGCACCAGCCAACGGCAAGAAGAUGGGCAAAAUGAUGCUUCCGGGUCAUGAGGUUCACUUCCUGUGUGACCCAGGCUAUGAGCUGGUAGGCUCUGAGACACGUCAGUGUAAAGAAACCCUGACCUGGUCCGGACAACAGCCUGUCUGCAAGGAUAUAAACGAGUGCGCCUCCUCUCCGUGCAUGAAUGGGGGGACCUGUGAGAAUGAGGUGAAUGGAUUUGUCUGUUUAUGUGCAAAAGGAUGGGGUGGUGCCACUUGCCAGUCACCUGUGCCAACGUUCUUCAUCACCAUAACCAACACGUCUGCAGCCACAGCAGCUGGGGCAGCGGGCACCGCGGGCACAGCGGGCACAGCGGGCGCCUCGGUGUCUCCGCCGGCAACCUCCAGCCCGUUUGUGCGCCCGUCCCAUUGCACCCAGACACAGGGGACCACCCACUGCACCUGCGAGGCCGGCUACACCAUCUCAGGACGCGACACCAGCAUCUGCACGGAUAUUGACGAGUGUGAGCUCUUCCACAUGGGCCAGGGGGGUCGUCUCUGCCUCCACACCUGUGUGAACACCCCCGGAGGGUACCGUUGUGCCUGCCCAGCCGGCUAUAACCUGACCCGCGACGGACGCAACUGCAAAGACAUUGAUGAGUGUACCAACAAGCAGCAUAACUGCACCCGGGACCAGCUGUGCAUCAACACUUAUGGAGGGUUCCAGUGUGUCAAAGUAGACUGCCCACGCAUCCGCAAUGCCACCUACGUGAAAACCUCGUCUCUGCGCUGUGAGAGGAACCCGUGCCCAGUGGACAACAGGGCGUGCGCCCAGGCCCCCAACUCCGUGUCCUACCACUACCUGGCGGUGGUGUCCAACCUGUCGGCACCACGGGUCAUGUUCCGCGUGUCGGCCAUGCGCAUGACCGGCGACACUCUUCGCUUCUCACUGCUGGGAGGAGGCCGGGCGCGGCGCCACUUCACCGUGCAGCGCUCGGACCGGCAGACGGGCCAGCUGAUGCUGCUCAGCCCUGUGCAGGGCCCCAUCACACUGGAGGCGGAGGUGGAGAUGAGCGAGCUGGAGAGGCGCGUGCUGCUCGGACGCUACAUCACCAGGGUCACUGUCUUCGUCUCGCCCUACGAGUUCUAGCGAGUUCUAGACGGGCGCCUGCCACCUGGCUCCCUGACGGGCAACUCGGAGG